AAAACAUACAUGGCGCAUGCAUGCUGGGAUGAGUUUUACCUUAAGAAGAGUUGGAUUUAUGCCUUCUCGAACUUUACAACUUCACUAAAAACUUUCUUUGUUUUGGCCCAUUUUAGUUUCAAGGUGCUAUAUGUUUCCAUGAAUACAGGUUUUAGUAAUGUUUAUACACUUAUUUUUGUCAUGCCGUAAGAGUGGUUGGUAUGUUCUUUGGUAUAGGAAGAAGACAAAAUUUCUUUCUCACGAAUUGAUAGUUAAUUUUGGUGUCUAUUUGGCCACAAGAAUACAUAGGGCCACUAGAAUAAAUAGGCCUCUGUGGUAAUAGUGAUAGAAGUGAUGGUAUUGGCUGAUGGGUGAUGAAUGGCUUUUGGGGGAUUUUCUCUAGCUCAGGCUCAGUGUGGAAAAGUAUGUGUAGGACAAAGUUCUGAAGUCUGGAAUGAUUGUGUUUAUCAAACGAGAAGUGGAAAUGAUUAGUUAAAAUGUGCAGGCUUUAAGCUUGUACUGAACUAGUUGAAAAAAAUGUUUUUCAAGAGGAAUUUUUUCACUUACGUUAGAAAUAUUUAUUGUCUGUUAAGUCACUAGCACUGCUCUAGGAACUUUGGAUACAUUGAUGAACAACUUCAUGCAUUACAAGAUAGGACCUCAUAAAGAUCUUCUCAUCUAUCUAUGAUUCAACCUAAGUUGUUACAUGGAGUCUUUUAUAAGCUCUAAGAAAGAUAAUUGGUAGAAGUGAUUUUGUAGGUGACAUUUGGCCUAUAAGAUUGAGUGCAGCAACACCUUUCAUGAAGGAAGGUCUCAAUUCAAAGAGGGUUUUGAUAACUAUGAAGGCAGGGCGAUAUUUGGCAUUGCUUAUUUAGGCACUAGCCAGAAGACAGAGUUUUGCACAAUGGAUAAUUUUUAGCAUUUUGUUCUUAUUGGUAGGUUUUUCCCAUAUAUGGAGAUGGAUGCGUUGGGCUAAGCUUGGUACUAUUAAAUAUUCAACAAAGGUAGCUAACAACUGCACUUUUCUCAUGCUGUACGAAUCGUGUAAUUAUAUUUUGUUGUCCAGUGGCAGUUGUUCUACACGGAAUCAGUACACUGGCUCUAUGACAGAGUUCUCAUUGUAAAAUAAUAUAUUUGCACCCUGAUUUUAUUCAUCAGUCUUGUAAGUUUGGUUAACAUAAGUCUGCCUUUGAGAGAAGGAAUCCUUCUCAGGAGGCUGAUGAACAUGUUGCUUAGCCUGAGAGAAUGAGGCUUUAAUUCCUAUUGGUGAUUUAAAAAAAUUUUUUUAAUGUUUAUUUAUUUAUUUAUUAUUAUUUUUUAAUACGAAAUUUAUUGUCAAAUUGGUUUCCAUACAACACCCAGUGCUCAUCCCAACAGGUGCCCUCCUCACUGCCCAUCAUCCACUUUCCCUCCUAUUGGUGAUUUAUGUCACUCUCUCUGGCUUCUUGACGUCUAGUUAUUUGGCACCUCUGGUCAUCACCAAACUUGGCUCCAUACCUUUACAUCCAUUCUAUAGCUAGUCCUUUAACUGUAGAGGAUGACUCCUGAAAGCCUUAACCAUCAAACCUCAAAUCAGAAGAGUAGACAUGUGUAUAUUUUAAGACCUUGUGGACACACCUGGGUGGCUCAGUUGGUUAAGCUCUGACUUUGGCUCAGGUCAUGGUCUUGUGGUUCAUGAGUUUGAGCCCCAUGUCGGGCUCUGUGCUGAUAGCUCAGAGCUUGGAGCUGGCUUCAGAUUCUCUAUCUCUCUCUCUCUACCCCUCUUCUGCUUGUGCUCUCUAUCUCUCUCUCUGUCUCUGUCUCAAAAAUAAAUAAAAAAAUUAAAAAAAACCCUUGGGGAAAACAGUAAUAAGUAAUCCACUGUGAAGUAAUUAUGCAUUUCAGUAUUUACUUGUUUUCCAGUGUGUAGCAAGUAUUUUCAUUCUGUGAGUAGUAACUCUAUUAGGAAAGCCAUAUUUUAUUUGCCUUUUAUGAGAUGAAAUUUUUUUCUACUUACAGCUAUUUUUACUUAAUUUAUGAAAUAUUUCAAACUUAUGGAACAGUAUAGGAAACAAUGACACCUGUGUGCCCACUACCCAGAUUAAAUAGAUGUUAACAAUUUUUGCCAUGAUUGUUUCAGAUCUUUUAAGAGUAAUAUCACACUAAUGACACAGAGAUGGUUUUCUCUUGAGCUUGCAUGCUAAUGAACAAAAGCACUUAGAUGUGUGGCUACAGCUCUGUGUUCUCUUGGGCUUCCUAACAACAACAAAACAGUAGAACAAUAUUCUAUGACUGUAGCGUAUCAAAUAAGGCAGCUCAGUCUCUGAGUUAAAACCUUCCAAGGAAAGAACAAAACUCAUUAGGAGCUGGAGAAACCAAGAAGGACAAGAGUUGAGAGAGGGAAGCUGCAGAGGAGAGAUGAGCACAGGUAUCCCUAGUCUAUCAAUCACUACUGUGGCUCAGAGAGGAUGAGCCAGGCCCACCUAAAAUGGGCGUGGGUCCCCACUGUACACAGCUUGAUUUGGGAACUCCGAACAGGAUGGCUGACCAUACAGUGAACUGUGGGACCAUUCUCAGCCCAUCUAUUCAGGUACAAAUUGGGGAUGAUACAAGUACUUAUUUCAGUUAAUGUAAGGAUUGAAGUAGAGUAACACACAAUGACCCUAUGAGCUAGUCUGUGUAGAGAUGGGAUCUGAAUCUGAUUCAGCCUGAUAUUCAGAUUCACACAGAUUCAGCCUGAUAUUAAGGCUUUUAAACUACUUGUUAUAUGGAAUAUGUUUGUAAGAACGAUGAAAGCCUGGGACUUUUUGCUCAACCUCGCUUUGAAGGAUAUUGCCCCAAAUGAAAAAGGAUUUGAAGAGACCUCUGUAGAUCUUAGGGAGGAGAAUGCUUAUAAUUGGAAAAGCAGUAUUCCCACUUCAAGGCUGAAAAGGAGAUGGGAAUAAACUGAAACUAUUUCUGAAAAAGAAAAAGGGAGAACUGGUGAAGUCCCACCCAAAUGUAGUGUAAAGAGUGUUUUUAGGAUAAGAUAGGCCAUGGUUUGAAUGCUUUCUCUCAUUUGCUAACUUGUGAUCUCAAUUUGUUUAUUUCUCUGAACAUCAGUUAUUUCAUAUGUGAAAUAAGGAAUUUUCCUCAUAAGACUAUUGUUUUUAAUUAGAGUGCAAGCAGGGGAGAGGGGCAGAAGGAGGAGAGAGAAAGAAAGAGAGAAUCUUAAACAGGUACCAUGCUCAGUGUGGAGCCAGAUAUAGGGCUCCAUCCCAUGACCCUGGGAUCAUGACCUGAGCUGAAAUCAAGACUAGGAUGCUCAAUCCACUGAGCCACCCAGGUGCCCCUCAUAGGAUUAUUUAUUAAAGAUUUAAUGAGAUAAUUUAUAUAAAAUACUUGACAAUAGUAAGACUAGCAUACAUGUAUACAUACAUACAUAUCUCAUAGUUGCCAUGUACCAGGACCUGCACUAAAUAUUUUAUAUGGACUUUGUCUCAAAUCUAACUUGGUGGUGGGCAAGUAUUCACAAUAAAUUACAGAUUUCCUAUAAGCAUUAAAUAAAGUAAGAUAUUGAUAAUAACAAUGCUAGGAAGAUACUGAAAAAUGGGCUAAAGUCGUAAAACUUCGGUAGCAAGUAUCACCCCCCAAAUUAGCAAAUCUGUGAUACUAAAGGUGUAGAAGUUGCUGCUGAUGCAGUAGUAGAGAAACAAAUGCAGCGACAGCAAGAAGACUACAGUAUAAAGAUUGCGGUGGUAGAGACCCCCACCCUGUCCCACCAAAUAAGCUCUGUGUAAAUGAUAAUAAUUCAAUGAGAUAUUUAUUGAUUACCUACUCUGUGCAAAGCAUUUGGCGACUUAAGGAAAUUUUCCUGACACUCUCAGCAUGGAUAUUGACAGGUAGAUAGAUACAUGACCAACUGUGAUAGUAAUAGCAAUAAAAAUAGUGACAAUAGUAAUAGCUCACACACACAUAGUGCUUACCAUGUGAAAAGUGUGGCUCUAAGCACUCUACUAUACUAAACUUACUGAAUUUAGCCACAGUUCAAUGAAUAAGAGCAUAUUUAUUAUCUUUUAUCACCUCACUUUUGUGUGUAAAAACAUUGAGGCAUGGAGAUCUCACUCAAGUGACUUGCUCAAGGUUGCACAGCUAGGUAGUGGCUCCCAUUCUUAUAGCUUGGUGUCCAGGGGCUUUGUACAUUGCUGAUCAUCCACAAAACCCAGCCAGAUGAAGUGGAUCUCCAUUUCCAGAACUAAUAGGUGGCACAGCUGGAAUUCUAAUUCAGAUUGGCCAGAUUCCAAAGCCUAUUUUUCCCAUGAUACCAUAGUGCUCUUCUGACCAACCUGAAAAACAAACAGCACCAACAAAAGGACAAAAUCUUCCAAAUCCUCUCUCCUUCCCUCAUAUACCUAUUUGUAAAAUAUUUAUACUCUGGGGACAAAGACAGAUAAAGGAGAUACAAAAUUUUACAAAUGUGAGUCUAAGAAUGACCUUAAAUCUUACUCUUAGCAUUUGUAAAUGAGCACUUGGGAGAAAAAUUUACACAAAGCUCAGAUAAAUGGUGUGAUUUCCAUAAGCACUAAGCCUGGCUGAGCAAAUGUUUCUCUUUGAAGGCUGAAGGAAGAUAUUUCAAUACCUAGAGAACCUUAAUUUGUCAACAAAGCCUAAAGCUUCAAAGCACAUUAUAGGUCAUAACACAGGCUUAAAAAAUGAUCAAAAGUGCUUUUAAGAGCUAAAGGGUUUAGAACAUUAACAAGAGACAAGGUUAAUGAUUCUAGGUGAAAUUAAUUGGUAAAUUAGACAUGAGAUUGUGAAAACUGGAAGGUAGAAAACAUAAAAUUACAAGAGGGAUUUUGGACUGCCAAGAUGUGUACAGCAAAGUAGGAUUGGAGACUCUAGGGAGAGCCAGCCAAGUGCUAGAAUUAUUAUUCUCAUUAGAAAGGAGUUCAAAGUUUUCCUGGUUAAUAAUAGGAAUGAAUAAUGCAAGUAAGGAAAACAGUUGUUGUAUUAAAAUAUGUUAAUGUUAAAAAUGUUAGAAAACUUGGUAAAGCCAGCCAAAUAUCCAGACUCGUUAUCCCUAUUAAAAGAAGUUCAAAGUGAAUAGUAGAAGUUGUGAAAACCGUUGUAGUCAUAUUAAUAUGUGUUGAUGUCAAGAAAUGUCAGAAAAAGCGUUAGAUUAAUUAUGGUUACUUUCUGAUUUUGUUUAAAAAUAAAUGAUGUUGGAAAACGUUGGUAUUCCUACUGGUUCUUAUUCUCUCCCUUUUCCACAUAGGCAUACACCAUCCUCAUUCAAUUCUCUGGAACUUUAACAGAAUUGAGAAGGGGUAUGAACUCAUUUGAGUGAUGCAACUGUCUUGCGUCAAACUCAGAAACUUCAGUAAAGCUGCACAUUUAAUAUCCGAAUGCCUUUUAUGCACAAAUGUAGACGCGAAGUUUCUAAAGGAUUUUUUUUUCUUGAGCUAAAAUAUCCUGUUUAGGAAGUGUACACAAGCUUAUAUAGUUGGUGAAAAUGUAACCAAAUCAUUUUGCAUGCUUAUAAAGAAAGUCUUGCAUCCAAAAAUUGCAAUUCUGAUAUCUUGAUUUAUUCCUAAAAUCUUAAAAUGUCUUGUUGAUAUCAUGGUUGUUGGAUGGAAUUUGCUGUUGGUCUUGUGAUUUUUGUGCUUAGAACAAUGACAUUUGGGGUUUUCCAAAGAGUGUGGCAAUUUGGCUGACUCAGCAGUUAGUGCUACAGUGACAUCACCAAGACUCCCUUCAAAACAGUUUCUAUUUUCUUCAUCCAUUUAUACAGGGUUUAUAUGUUUCUACUUCUCUUUUCUCUUAGAAUAGGUGGUUGAGAGUGGAGUAGAAAAAUGUGGUUGGUUCACCAUUAUUCUGGGUAUGUGAGCUUGAAUGAGGUUACUGGACCUCUGUAGACCUCAGUAAAACUUCAUGUUCCUGUGUGUGUGGGCGAAUUGAACGUCCACUGUCCCCUUUUUUAUAGAAAUAAAAAUGAUAUUCAAAAUUCAAUAUAUACACAAUGUGCCCACUCUAAGUCUAAAAACGUGUGUUUGUUGAGUUAUUUACUUUUCAAAGAUUUGAGGCAGUGUGCAAAAAGAAUGUAAAGCUCAAAGGGAUAUAGGGCACCUGCGUGGCUCAGUCAGUUAAGUGUCUGACUUCAGCUCAGUCAUGAUCUCCGAGUUAAUGAGUUCGAGCCCUGCGUCGGGCUCUGUGCUGACAGCUCAGAGCCUGGAGCCUGCUUCAGAUUCUGUGUCUCCCUCUCUGCCCGUCCUGACUCACACUCUGUCUGUCUGUCUCUCUCUCAAAAAUAAAUAAAGAUUAAAACAAAUUAAAAAAAAAGCUUGAAGGGAUAAACAUACACAAGGAAACUGGUAUGAAAUGAGUAAGUCACAGAGAUGAAAAGUAUUGCCUAGGGAAUUUGGUCAAUGGCAUUGUAAUAGCAUUGUAUGGUGACAGAUGGGAGCUUCACUGUGGUAAGCAUCGCAUAAUGUACAGACUUGCCAAAUCACUGUGCUGUACUCCUGAAGCUAAUGUAACAUGGUGUGUCAACUAUACUUAAAUUUAAAAAAAUGAGGAAAAAGACGAGCAGGCUAUUUUUAGUGGGCCCCAAAGUGCAUGCUACAAGGCCUUAUCUGCUUAGAAUGGCAAUGUGUUGCCUGCUACGGGGUUUGCUAAAACAGGGGCUAUAUAUUCUGUUUUCUACCUGAGCAUAUACGAUCUACUCAAGAAGAGAAGACUAACCCAUGAGAACAAACUUGAUAACAGGUAAUAAGGAAAAGAUAAUGCUAAAUCCUAAUUGUGCGAUAUGGCUUGUGAGUUUUUGAGGAAGUCUUGUCAGAGGAAAUGGGAAGUGAUAUGGGCCUUGUUUGUUUGUUGUUUUACCACCUAUAUUAAGAAGGGGGGGAAAUGGGCAAAGUCCUGUAGUUAGACCCAAUUGGGCAUGAGGGGUGUGUCAUAGGAAAUUAACAUUCAGGUAGGUGAGAUAAGAUUGUUUAAGAAAACUUGAAUAUGAGGUAACAGGCUCCCAGGAGCUAAGGAGUCACAAAGUGAAAAGGGAUUUUCUUUGCCUUCCAGAUAAAAUAGAGUAGGUAUCCAAAUGGAGAUGCCCAGGUGAUACAGAAUGUAACUGGGUGGGCUUAAAACUGUAGAGUAGGGAUAUUAGUUGGAAGAAGAUGCUUCGAGUUAGGAGAAAAAUAGAACUUGUUGAGGAGUGAUGGCUGACUUGUGGGGUGUGGAGGGAGAAACCCACAUUUAGUUAGAAAAGGGAAAGGGGGGAGCCCAAGAAGGAGUAGGAGCAGCAAAGAUUGAGGAGAACAAAGAGAGGACAGUGAGAUGAAAGCCAGGGGAAAAGGAGCCUCUCAAGGAAAGGGGGGGGGGUAGGGUUGUGUAACCAUUCUAAUGCUAGGUGCUCAUCAGGUUAAGAGCUAAGGAAAAACAUCUUUAUUUUAUUUUUAAAAAGAUCUUUAAUUUGAGUGUAGUUGCCACACAAUGUUAAAUUAGUUUCAGGCAUACGGCAUAGUGAUUUGACAGAUCUAUAUGCUAUACUAUGUUGACCACAACAUAUCUGUUCACCAUACAGUGUUCAUCACAAUACUACUGACUGUAUUCCCUGUGCUGUACCUUUUAUUCCUGUGACUUAAUCAUUCCAUAACUGGAAGCCUGUACUUCACUCCCCUUCAUCCAUUUUGCCCAUCUUCCCCCUGCCUCCCCUGCAACCAUCACUUUGUUCUCCAUAGGUCUAAUUCUCCUUUGGGUUUGUUCAUUUAUUUCAUUUGUUUUGUUUUUUAGAUUACGUAUAUGAGUGAGAUCAUAUGGUAUUUGUCUUUCUCAGUUGAACUUACUUAGAACGAUACCUUCUAGGUCCCUCCAUGUUGUAAAUGGCAAGAUCCUUUAUAUGGCUGUGUGAUAUUCAAUUGUAUAUAUAUCAUAUCUUCCUUAUCUAUGUGUCCAUAAACAGGCUGCUUCCAUACCUUAGCUAUUGUAAAUAAUGCUGCAGUAAACAUAGGGGCACAUACAGAUUUUUGAAUUUGUAUUUUCAUAUUCUUUGGGUAAAUACCUAGUAGUGAAAUUAUUGGGUCAUAUGGCAUUUCUGUUUUUAAUUUUUUGAGGAACCUCCAUAUAGUAAGAAAAACAUCUUUAAAUCAGAAGGGAGCAAUUGGAGGACCUGAAGAAAAUACCUUUAUUAUUAUUUUUUUAAAGAUAAUAUUUGAGAGUCAGAGGCAGGAAAAAAAUGCAAAAGUAGGGAGCAUGGUAUAGCCCACCAUUAAGAACUUGCAACAAAAAGGAAGGAAAUAGUAUAUAAGCUUUCAGGCUUAGUGAAAUUAAGUACAUUUUUGAAUCAAUCUCACAUAUUUUGGCUAUCCAAAUGCAUGGGAAGGUAAAACUCUAAAUAUUUUUUUAGGGAGAGGGGAGACUCUUAAAAUAUCAAUAUGUUGAGACACAUCUGAGUCCUGCUUUAAUCUUCAGCCUGAUGAGAAAUUUGGGUUUCUCUUUCUUUUCUUCAUGAGCAGCAUAGCAGCAGCACCGAUAUGCUGUAGAUCGUCACCAAUAGGCCUGAUUAUUAGAGCAAUUUAUGCACCAACCAAAGAGUACAGAUGAUGACAAGCAGUGUGACAAGUUGGAAUUAGUUGUGGAAAGUGCCAGUAACUUGCAUUUGUUAUGGGUUUCUGGUUGUUGGUUGUUGUGUUUUGUAUUAGGGCAUUCCCAUAGCAACAGUGGCUUUUUAGCAAACAUUGCAAAUGUCUUCUAUUUUGUGUGCUGUUAAUACGUGUAAAUUAUUCUAUGUUCUAUAUGACAGAAGUGUUUCCUUUAUAAAUAAUUUAUGUGGAGGAUAAAAAGUAAUUUUUGGGCUUUACUUCAUUUUCUUUCUGGAUUUAAGAGUUUAAAAGUAUAAACAUUUUAUCUCUUUGACAUCUGAUUUAUUUAAAUAGUCUUAUUCUUUGGCUAAGCAUUUGUCUGAUUCCUUGUUUCUUUUAUUUGGUUGGUCUGUUUUAAUCUUUUGUUUUAGACUCUGAAUUCGUAUUUCUCAAUGUUCUAAAAUGGUGCAUUAAGGGGUGGUUAAAGAAUCCAGUUAAACUCUACAACUCUGAAGUGUUUGUUACGUACCUGUUGCAUGUUUGAGAUAAUUUUAGUGUCUUCAUAAACUUGUUCCGUUUCAUCUGUGUGUGAAGUAAACUUCAAGUAAAGCCACACAGAUUUUUUUUUUAAUUUUAAUUUCUUCAUUGCAGUGACAUGAAAUUGAAAAGGUUCCAAGCAAUGUGUAAUUGCAGUUAGAAGAAUUAAAAUGAGCUAAUUUUGGUGUUAGAAUCUUAGAGCUCCAUUGUUGCCUGGCUAUUGCCAGGCAAAGAAAUGAAAAGAUGGAGCAGGAAGAGAAGUAACUUCCUGUGUGGAGUGAGCAACACAAAUGCAGUUUCCUUUGUUGGCAAAUGGUUUAUGAAAGUAAUCCAUAAAUCAAUCAUGUGGAUAAAAUUUGGCAAGAGUAGUAACAGUUGAGAAGUUAACGGAAAAACCACCAACCCCAACGGUUUCAAAGUGAUUUUUAUCUUGUUUUGUAGUUUUCUUUACUGGACCAAAUAGUUUGGUUCUGUGAAUCAUACUAUGAAAAGAUGGCAAUUACCAUAUUUUACAUUUUAUAGCUGGAAAAUUAAUCAUUUGUGUUAAUGUUUCAAAUUCAUGUCCACAAUUAUGAAACCAGUGGUCAGAUUACUGUUGUAUUUUGAAUCUGGCUUUUUCUGCAGUUUCUUACAAAGGUAAGCUAUUUAAGCAUGAAUGUCAAACUUGAAAAUAUAUGAAAUAUGAUGCUAGGAGUUGGUUAGGAGCUAUAUAUGUAUGUGUGUAAAUGUAUGUGUGUUGCAUGAAUGUGUGCAUGUAAGUAAGGUUUUAGUUGUAACUAUGUGUGUGCAUCUUUGGAAGAAUGUUCUGGCUUGACUAGAGAAAGCCUGUUCUUUGAGGAAUUGAGCAGAGGACAGCAAUCAGAUUCCUAUAUACAGAUCAGUGGUAUAAACCUCUGGCUGUUGGUAUACCUGUCUUGACUUCUCUAGAAGCCCUAAGUGUUCUGGGUUUCAUUCAUGCUCCUUGGUUGUCAAGCUUGCUGUGAAACAAGGUCAUGUCAUUAUGGCUGUGGCUAUCCAGGUGCAUUUUGGAUAGGUUGUGGAUGGUGACAUCCAGGGAAGAAAAGUUGUUUUAUACAAAUGAUAAAACAUGACUCACUUUUCAGGUACUGUAAGGAAGUUAGCUUAAGUGCAUUAGAGAGUCUCAAUUGUGGAGUUAUCCUUUAAAGUUUUCCCAUUCACUUCUGUCUCCAGAAUUCUCACUGACUGCAUAUCUAGUCUUUAUAUCACUCUACAAGAGGGGAACUCACCACCUCUCUUCAGUGGGGAAGGGUGUGGAGUGUGGGGGGCCCACCUGGCUUAAUUUUUCUUUAAUUAUUCUGAUAAUGCUCCAAAACUAGGGAGAAUAGAUAAUUUCUGUUCCAAACCAGGGCACUUGUGAGAAUGAAAGGGGAUCCUAUUAGUUAUUUUGCCAAGACAGUGGGCAUAAACCGGGACUGUCACUCUAUCUAUAACACAUUUUCAACCUUUGUAUUUAAUGACUGAGUUUGGAACUUCUCUGGUGCUCUGUUUUUGGAUAGUUUUGAUCAUUAAACAGUUUUUCCUUCACUUGAGCCAAAUUGAUUUUCUCUUGCUUUAUUAUCUAUUGGUUUAUCUUCUGAGGCCAAAAGAGAGCCAACAUGUCUUCUGGUUCACAUGACAAACCUGAUAAUGUUUUUAAAAUUCUAAACCUGGGUUCAUUGAGUAGACUUAUCUCCAGGACAGUCAUCUGCAGUUUCCUCUUUUUUUUCUCCCAAAGAUCUUCAGCUUUUCUAUAAUCCCUUAAAGUGGGUUGUUCCGAAGUCAAACACCAUAUUCUAGAAGUUAUUUGAGUAGCUCGAAGUAGGAGAAGAAUUAUUAAUGCAUCUAAGAUUGCACUGGCUUUUUGGUGAUGAUUAACUUAUCUUAAUCUCAUACUAAUCUCAUUUUCAUCAUUAAUGACAAAGACUGUCACAUUUCUCUCUUUAUCUUGCUUGUCAUGGAAUUUGGCACACAACAGAUAGGAUUUCCUCUGUCAUAAACUAUUCCUUUGGUUAUUGUGUCAUAUGCAGACUUAGGAGCAUGUCUUCUACAUCUUCACUGAUGUCUAAUAGAAUGGGCCAAUUGAAUCAGGAGCUCUGGAAGUAGAGUCCAAGCAUUAGUAUAUUUUUUUAAGCUUUCCAGGUAAUUCUAAUGAGCCAACAGGAUUGAGAAUCACUGUUAUAAGUAAGUAAUAAAAAUAUUGAGUAUAACACAUUUGAGACAGAACCAUGUACCUUAUCACUGGACACUUCCCUGUAGUUGCCAUUGGACCAUUAAUCAUUAUGAAUUGCUGACUUAACGAGUUUCCAGUUUCUAUAAUUAACUGUCCUUACCACCAACCUAAUUUCUAGGCAGAUUAUUGCUUUCUAUCUUAAUAAGCAGAAAACUUUUUUUUUUUUUUUAAAGCUGUUACAGUGCUGGUUUAAAUGGCUUCUAUAUGGAAGCAGAAGGAUGGAAUAAAUAAUUGAACUUUAAAGAUUCCUUACCAAGUUGUGUUUCUAUGAUUCUUGCAAACCACUUAGUUCCAUGUUGUGAUAUUUUAAAUACUCUUGUAGACCAAAUGCCACAAAAACGCCAUUGUUCUAGGCAAGACAUUUUUGAGGUUAGAAGCACAAAUGGGCUGAACUUCAUAAUGUUUCGCAGAGACAGCAUUGUUCAGACAUUUCUAGGUGAGAAAAUAAGCUAAAGAAAUAUUGGAUUUUUUUCCUUCUCCUUUGCUCUCUGAUAUGGGAAAGUUAAUAAACUGUUUGAAGAUGUUGUGCUAAAAAUGUGAAAAGUCUCUAUGCUAGUGCCUAUCUUAUUUUGGCAAAAGUAGUUCUCUAGGUUUUGUACUGGAAAUUACUGUAUCAUUUUGUAUUUUUUCCAGUUGGGCUUAUCAGCCUUGUAUUGAGUAAUUAGUAGGUGUUUGUCACUUUGUUAAGUACUUUAGAGACUUAAAAAAGUAUAAAAUAAGUCUUAGUCCUUUAAGAGUUUGCUAUCCCCUUGGGAUUUUAUAUACACAAAUGAAAUAACAGUAUAAGGCAUUGUAAUACUAAGUAUGAAAAUACGUGGUGUUAGACUUACAAUUAGCAUUUUUACUAUAUCUGGGUAAGGAAGACAAUUUUCUAAGAGAUGAAUAUUUUCUUGAAGUUCAUAUUGUUAAUAAUGUCUUUUUAAAAAAAUUACAAAAGAAUGGUAAAAUACAAUGUUGCAUUUAUAUAAAAAUGGUCUGACUUGAUUUGGAAACCUACUAAUUUGCAUUGCACUUCAGACCCUGUCUAGAUUUGGGGAACCAUUUGGCCACUCAAAAAGUCAAGUGUCAGUCACCUUUAAGCCCAUCUCAGCCUAAACUGACAGAAGAAAAUGAUGAACUCAUUCAAAAGUACUCCUGGGGUAUAUUGAAAUUAAAUUUUUUUGAGUAUGAAAGGAUUGAAGGAGAAGUCCAGAAGAAUAUCUUCAGCUCAGUCAAAAGGACGCUUUGUCUUUAUAGUCUAAGUCCUGGUGUAAGGCAUUUAUCUGUGGUGAUGUAGCUGCAUGGUCUGCUGGUGAAAUCAAGUAUCUCUGAAGAAGGACUAGACCAAUCCUCUAUUUUUUGUCUUAGGAGUGCCCUAAAGAUUUUGAAAAAAGCAAACAGGAUAAUUGUAUCCACACAUCCAAGUACAACAUUCUUACCUUUUUGCCAAUUAAUUUAUUUGAACAGUUCCAAAGAGUGGCAAAUGCCUAUUUCCUUUUCCUUCUGAUUUUACAGCUGAUUCCAGAAAUCUCUUCCUUGACCUGGUUUACCACCAUGGUGCCUUUGGUCCUGGUGAUAACUAUGACAGCUGUCAAAGAUGCCACAGAUGACUAUUUUCGCCAUAAGAGUGAUAAUCAAGUGAAUAAUCGGCUAUCUGAAGUGCUCAUCGACAGCAAACUGCAGAAUGAAAAAUGGAUGAAUGUCAAAGUGGGAGACAUCGUUAAAUUAGAAAAUAACCAGUUUGUUGCUGCUGAUCUGCUUCUCCUAUCAAGUAGUGAGCCACAUGGCCUCUGUUAUAUUGAAACUGCUGAGCUUGAUGGGGAAACAAACCUGAAAGUCCGCCAUGCACUAUCAGUUACCUCAGAACUUGGAGCAGAUAUUAGCAGACUUGCAAAGUUUGAUGGGACUGUUGUCUGUGAGGCGCCUAACAACAAAUUAGAUAAAUUCACAGGGGUUCUCUCUUGGAAGGACAGCAAGCACUCCCUCAACAAUGAGAAGAUAAUCCUGAGGGGCUGCAUCCUGAGAAACACCAGCUGGUGUUUCGGAAUGGUUAUAUUUGCAGGUCCCGACACUAAAUUAAUGCAGAACAGUGGUAAGACAAAGUUUAAGAGGACAAGCAUUGAUAGACUGAUGAAUACUCUAGUACUAUGGAUUUUUGGGUUUCUGGUAUGCAUGGGAGUUAUUCUCGCAAUAGGAAAUUCAAUCUGGGAGAAUCAAGUUGGGGACCAAUUCAGAACUUUCCUCUUUUGGAAUGAAGGAGAGAAGAACUCUGUGUUCUCGGGAUUCUUAACAUUCUGGUCAUAUAUUAUUAUUCUCAAUACAGUUGUGCCCAUUUCAUUAUAUGUGAGUAUGGAAGUCAUUCGUCUGGGACACAGUUAUUUUAUAAACUGGGAUCGGAAGAUGUAUUACCCUGAAAAAGCAACACCUGCUGAAGCUCGGACGACCACUCUCAAUGAGGAACUGGGCCAGAUUGAAUACAUUUUCUCUGACAAAACAGGCACCCUCACUGAAAACAUCAUGACUUUUAAAAAAUGUUCUAUUAAUGGGAAAAUCUAUGGUGAAGCUGAUGAUGGCAUGGGUCAGAAGACAGACGUGACUAAGAAAAAUGAACCUGUGGAUUUCGCAGUCAAUCCCCAAGCAGAUAGAACAUGUCAGUUCUCAGACCACCGUCUGAUGGAAUCCAUUAAACUGGGGGAUUCCAAAGUGUAUGAAUUUCUUAGGGUACUUGCUCUUUGCCACACUGUCAUGUCGGAGGAAAAUAGUGCAGGGCAGCUGAUUUACCAAGUUCAGUCACCUGAUGAAGGGGCUUUGGUGACUGCUGCAAGAAAUUUGGGGUUCAUUUUUAAGUCUCGAACCUCAGAGACAAUAACAAUAGAAGAAUUGGGAACACUGGUUACUUAUCAACUUCUUGCCUUCUUGGACUUCAACAAUAUCAGAAAAAGGAUGUCUGUCAUAGUUAGAAACCCAGAAGGACAGAUAAAGCUUUAUUCCAAAGGAGCAGACACUAUUCUGUUUGAAAAACUUCAUCCAUCCAAUGAAGACCUUCUGACUUUGACGACAGACCAUCUCAGUGAAUUUGCAGGGGAAGGUCUUCGAACUUUGGCCAUUGCAUACAGAGAUCUGGAUGACAAGUACUUUAAAGAAUGGCAUAAGAUGCUUGAAGAUGCAAAUACUCUUAUAGAUGAGAGAGAUGAACGGGUAGCUGGGCUAUAUGAAGAAAUUGAAAGGGAUUUGAUGCUACUAGGUGCUACUGCUGUAGAAGAUAAGUUACAAGAGGGUGUUAUUGAAACGGUUACAAAUUUAUCACUAGCCAAUAUUAAGAUCUGGGUCCUAACAGGAGACAAACAAGAAACCGCCAUCAACAUUGGCUAUGCCUGCAACAUGCUGACUGAUGAUAUGAAUGAUGUGUUCAUUAUAUCAGGGAACACGGCAGUGGAAGUCAGAGAAGAACUCAGAAAAGCAAAGGAAAAUUUGUUUGAACAAAACAGAAGUUUUUCCAACGGCCAUGUAGUUUUUGAAAAACAGCAGCUGGAGUUGGACUCAGUUGUAGAAGAAACCAUAACAGGAGAUUAUGCCUUAAUCAUCAAUGGCCACAGUUUGGCCCAUGCCCUAGAAAGUGGUAUCAAGGGUGAUCUCCUAGAACUUGCCUGCAUGUGUAAGACUGUGGUUUGCUGCCGAGUCACCCCACUCCAGAAAGCCCAAGUAGUAGAGCUGGUGAAGAAGUACAGAAAUGCUGUCACUUUGGCCAUAGGUGAUGGAGCCAAUGAUGUCAGCAUGAUCAAAAGUGCUCACAUUGGUGUUGGCAUCAGCGGUCAGGAAGGAAUGCAGGCAGUCUUAGCCAGUGACUAUUCAUUCGCACAAUUUAGAUACCUCCAAAGGCUUCUCCUUGUUCAUGGAAGGUGGUCCUAUUUCCGAAUGUGCAAAUUCUUAUGCUAUUUUUUCUAUAAGAAUUUUGCAUUCACACUUGUGCAUUUCUGGUUUGGUUUCUUCUGCGGCUUCUCAGCCCAGACCGUUUACGACCAGUGGUUCAUUACCCUUUUUAACAUUGUUUACACAUCACUUCCUGUUUUAGCCAUGGGGAUUUUUGACCAGGAUGUGGAUGACCAGAACAGCAUGGACUAUCCCCAGCUCUAUGAACCUGGACAGCUCAAUCUGCUGUUUAACAAGCGUAAAUUUUUUAUCUGCAUGGCACAUGGCAUCUACACCUCAUUGGCCCUUUUCUUCAUACCCUAUGGAGCCUUUUACAAUGUGGCCGGAGAUGACGGGCAGCACGUUGCUGACUACCAGUCUUUUGCAGUUACAAUGGCUACAUCGUUGGUCAUUGUGGUCAGUGUGCAGAUAGCCUUGGAUACCAGUUACUGGACUGUCAUUAAUCAUGUCUUCAUCUGGGGGAGCGUUGCCACUUAUUUCUCCAUUUUAUUUACAAUGCACAGUAAUGGCAUCUUUGGCAUCUUCCCAAACCAGUUUCCAUUCGUUGGAAAUGCACGACAUUCUUUGGCCCAGAAGUGCAUCUGGCUUGUUAUUCUCUUAACGACAGUGGCUUCUGUUAUGCCUGUGGUGGCAUUCAGAUUUUUGAAAGUGGAUUUAUGCCCAGCCCUGAGUGACCAGAUCCGUCGGAGGCAAAAAGCUCAAAAGAAGGCAAAGCCCUCACGUAGCCGAAGGCCUCAGACUCGCAGGUCAAGCUCAAGAAGAUCUGGAUAUGCUUUUGCUCACCAAGAGGGCUAUGGAGAGCUUAUCACAUCUGGAAAAAAUAUGCGAGCUAAAAAUCCACCCCCAACACCAGGGCUGGAAAAGACACUGUAUAAUAGCACUAGCUGGAUUGAAAAUUUAUGUAAGAAAACCACAGACACAGUGAGCAGCUUUAGCCUGGAUAAAACAGUGAAACUACUGCUGCAGAUAGGACUUGAAAUACUAUGUUGAAUAAAUGUGGUGAGAGUGGACAUCCUUGUUCCUGACCCUAAGGGAAAAGCUCUCAGUUUUUCAUGAUUGAGUAUGCUGUUAGCUGUGAAUUUUUCAUUGAUGGCCUUUAUUAUGUUGAGGUAUGUUCUCUCUAAAUCUAUUUUGUAGAGCAUGCAUGUUGUACUUUGUCAAAUGCUUUUUCUGUUAUCUAUUAAAAUGAUUAUGUGGUGUUUAUCUUUUCUCUUAUUGAAGAAAUGCAUCACACUGAUUGAUUUGUGAAUACUGAACCACACUUGCAUCCCAGGAAUAAAUCCCACUUGAUCAUGGUGAAUUAUUUUUAUAAUGUAUUGUUGGAUUUGGUUUGCUCAUAUUUUGUUGAGGAUUUUUGCAUCUAUGUUCAUCAGAAAUACUGUUCUGUUGGGGCGCCUGGGUGGCUCUGUCGGUUAAACGUCUGACUUAGGCUCAGGUCAUGAUCUCACGGUCUGUGAGUUCGAGCCCCACGUCGGGCUCUGUGCUGACAGCUCAGAGCCUGGAGCCUGUUUCAGAUUCUGUGUCUCCCUCUCUCUCUGCCCCUCCCCUGUUCACGCUCUGUCUCUCUCUGUCUCAAAAAUAAAU